AUGUCGUCAAUCCUAGAUCAACUUAUGACCUCCGAGGCGGAUGGCGGCCCAAUGCUGGAUAGCUCUCAGCGGUCCGACCCCCCGCCAACGAGCUCCCGCCUCCCGCUGGCCUCAGAGAGCAAUGCACCCAUGAGCGAAGCACCAGAGUUUGCUGAUGAUCAGCUCGUUGGCCCUGGGAGCAGGUCUUCCCGGCGUCCCCGACACCCUAUGUACGGCGCAGGAGCUCCCCCCGUCCGCGAUGUAGCUGGCGAAAAGGUGCAGCAAGCCUUUGAGGAGCUGCUGGAAACACACAUCGAAGACCCCAUGUCAUCUGGCGCCCCUCCUACAUCAUCAGAGAUGCUCAGUGAUAAAUACUAUAUCUCCCAGAUCCACGGAAUGCAAAAGCUACAGCUGUCUACCCUCUACGUCGACUUCACCCACCUAACUUCCAACCAAGUAUUAGCCGAUGCGAUUGUCAACCAGUACUAUAGAUUUCAGCCCUACCUUACAAAAGCACUGCAUAAUUUAAUUGCAAAAUAUGAGCCGCAGUAUUUCCGUGCGCAUAAACAGCUCGGAAGUCAUUCGUCACAGGCCGGAACUUCAACCGUAGCGCUCGAUAGCACGGAACCGGACUCUCUUGCUGGGAAAACCAGAUACCAACAAACCGAUAAAGUGUUCACCCUAGCGUUUUAUAACCUUCCGCUCGUUUCACGGCUUCGACAACUGCGAACGGCACAGAUUGGAAUGCUUUCUUCGAUAUCGGGAACCGUUACCAGAACGUCUGAAGUACGUCCAGAGCUUGCGUUGGGGACAUUUAUUUGCGGGAACUGCAACACUGUUUGCCCGGAUAUCGAACAAAGCUUUAAAUUUACGGAACCUACCCAAUGUACGAAUGCUACGUGCGGUAAUCGUGUUGGAUGGCGGCUGGAUAUAAGGAAAAGUACGUUUGUUGACUGGCAGAAGGUAAAGCUGCAGGAAUCAUCACACGAGAUACCCACCGGAAGUAUGCCCAGAACUAUGGACGUUAUUCUACGUGGAGAGAUGGUUGACAGGGCAAAGGCCGGUGAAAGAUGUAUUUUCACUGGAACGCUUGUCGUCAUUCCCGACGUCAGUCAAUCGGGUUUACCUGGCGUUCGACCGGAAGCAACCAGAGACUACGGAAACUUCCGAGGAAGUGAUGUUGGCGGCAGCGGUGUCAGUGGUUUGAAAUCACUCGGUGUGCGAGAUCUCACGUAUCGCCUGGCUUUCCUUGCAUGCAUGGUGACCCCCGACUUGUCGACCCCUGGCCAGUCAUCAAACCAGAACCUCACAGGCCAAUCUCCAAAUAUUCUUUCUUCCUUGAACCAGGUUGAGGCUCCAGAUGAUGUUGAAGAAGAAGCGCAGACAGCUCUACUUCACUCAUUGACCCCGUAUGAGGUUCAGGAUCUGAAGCAGAUGGUACAUUCCGACUACAUAUAUGCCCGACUAAUCGAUUCGAUUGCUCCCAUGAUUUACGGUCAUCACCAGAUUAAAAAGGGAUUACUUCUGCAAUUAAUUGGUGGAGUCAGCAAACGAACGGUAGAGGAAUCGAUGCAGCUUCGUGGUGAUAUCAAUAUCUGUAUUGUUGGUGAUCCGUCUACCAGCAAGAGUCAAUUUUUGAAAUACAUAUGUAAGCUGCAUCCGCGAGCAGUUUAUACCAGUGGUAAAGCAUCUUCUGCCGCCGGUCUUACUGCAGCCGUCGUUAAAGAUCCCGAAACUGGAGAAUUUACGAUUGAAGCUGGAGCUUUGAUGCUUGCUAACGGGGGUGGAAUUUGUGCGAUUGACGAAUUCGACAAAAUGGACAUAAGUGACCAGGUUGCUAUCCACGAAGCCAUGGAACAGCAAACCAUUUCAAUCGCCAAAGCUGGGAUCCAUACAACUCUUAACGCACGAGCAAGUAUAUUGGCUGCUGCCAACCCUAUAGGAGGAAGAUACAAUCCCAAGACGACCCUGCGAGGAAAUCUUAACUUCAGUGCUCCUAUUAUGAGUCGAUUUGACCUCUUCUUCGUUAUUCGAGAUGACCCUAAUGAGACAGUGGACAGAAACCUUGCAGACCAUAUUGUCAACGUUCAUAUGAACCGGGAUGAAGCUGUUAAACCCGAAUUAUCCACUGAGCAGCUACAGAGAUAUAUCCGGUUUGCACGAACAUUCCGGCCAGUCUUUACCGAAGAGGCUAGGGCUUUAGUUGUUGAGAAAUACAAAGAGCUCCGAGCGGAUGAUUCGCAGGGAGGUAUGGGCAGAAGCAGCUACAGGAUCACCGUCCGACAGCUGGAGAGUUUGAUCCGAUUAUCUGAAGCAGUGGCCAAGGCCAACUGUGUGGAAGAAGUGAUCCCCAGCUUUGUGAAGGAGGCAUACGAUUUGCUAAGGCAGAGUAUCGUUACUGUCGAGAAGGACGAUGUUGACGUUGACGAUGAGGAAGAGCUUGCUGCAGCUGUAGGAAAUAACCAACCUGAGACUGAGGACCACAGCAUGAUGGAUGAGGAUGAUAAUACGCAACAGAACACAGAUGCCCCACAAAGCACCGGUGAGAAUCGAUCUCAUAAAGUGAAGAUAACUUACGAUAAAUACAUGCGUGUACUGAACGUUCUCGUACGCCGUGUCAAUGAUGACGAGAACCGGAGCGGAGAGGGUGUUGAAGAAGAGGACCUCAUCCUUCACUAUCUUGAGCAGGUCGAGUCUGAACUGAAUAAUGAAGAAGAGCUUGAGCAAGAACGGUCUUUGGUGACGAAGAUAUUAAGGAGAAUGGUCAAGGAUAACAUCCUUAUGCAAAUCCGAGGAGACGGGCUGAUGGAGACUGAUGGCGGAGAGCAGCCUGCUGAUGAGCCUAAAGUGGUAUAUGUCCUGCACCCGAACUGCGCAGUGGAGGAGAUGUAA